UAGCCAAACGGUGUAAGAUAAUGAACCUGUUAACGCUCCACACGGUAAUCGGUCGCUCGGCAAGCAGCCCUUCAAUUCAGUCGAGCGCUAGUGCGAAGUAACGAUGACCUGCAGCAACAGAGAGAUUCUAAUUGAAGCCGCACCACAACGACUAGAGGCCGCUUAUAGAGAAAUCUUUACCGAUGGAGCAUUGCAAUUUUUGGCGCGACUGGUGGCUGAAUUUGACUCCGAAGCUGAGCAGCUAUUACAAAACCGGGUCAAGCGUAGACUGCUGAUUGAGGAAGGCUCGUGGGUGCCAGAGUUCUGCAACCGCAGUGAGUCUUUGGAAUGGACAGUUGAACCGUUGCCGGCACGGUUGCGUAACCGUAAGCUCGAUCUUGGUGAUGUGAGUCCUGCCAAUACGGUUCACUUUACCGACUGUUUGUACGCCAAUGUGCAGGGAAUACAGGUCGAUUUCGAUGAUGGACACUGCCCUACCUGGCGUAACACGAUCCAGGGAAUAUCGAAUGUAACGCGUGCGGUGCAGGGUACGCUGCAAGGUGCUCCAGCUGAUGUACAGGCGUACCCCCUGCUAAUGCUUCGCCCAAGGGCGUUCAACAUGAUCGAGCAUCAUUGCAUCGUGAACGGGAAGGAGGUGAUUGGACCGCUGUUUGACUUUGCGCUGCUUAUGUACCAUAAUGGUCGCACGAUGGCAAACCUCGGCAUAGGGCCCUUCUUCUACCUCUCAAAGAUAGAGGAUCCGAGUGAAACGACGCUCUGGAACAAAAUCUUCACCUGGACCGAGGAUCAGCUGAGCCUGCCGAACGGGACGAUCAAAGCGUGCGUUUUGAUUGAAAACAUUCUCGCCGCCUUUCGUAUGGAGGACAUCCUGUACGCGAUCAAAGAGCAUGCGAUCGGAUUGAACUGUGGAAUCUGGGAUUACUGUGCAAGCAUUAUUGCCAAGUUUGGAUGGAGAAAGGAAUUUGUUCUACCGGAUCGCAACAAGUACGUUAAUAUGGGCCAACCGUUCUUGAGAAACUAUAUGCGGCUACUGAUCAACGUGUGCCAUAGACGGGGCGCACUGGCGACCGGUGGUAUGGCGGCAAAAAUUUUACCCCGUGGAAAGGAAAAAUCAAAUUUAAGUGACGACGAAAUAAUAGAAAGCGUGAAAUUGACAAAAUCGGUAGAAAUUGAUGCCGGCGUAGAUGGGUUUAUGAUUUACGAUCUACGGAUGGUUGAUGCCAUAAAUGAGCUGUGGGAAGGUAAAACGCACGGCGACAAUCAGCUCAACAUUUUACCCAACAUCAACCACGUUACAGCCGAUAGUUUGCUACAGAUUCCGAAGGGAGGCGUAACGAUCGACGGUUUAAACAAUAACAUUACGGUGGCGCUUCUAUUCAUUUACCAUUGGCUUACGGGAAGUGGUGUGUUCUUCCUGAACGGAUCCGUGGAAGAUUCGGCAACGGCAGAAAUCUCACGAUCCCAGCUGUGGCAGUGGAUCCGUAUGGGAGCCGUUUUGGAGGAUCGUGAAAAUGCCAUCGUUACGCGCCAGCUCGUCUAUCAGAUGAUGGAUAAAAUCAUCUCCUCCGCUUACCGUGCCUGGUGCAUUACGCCGGCCGAUCGGAAACGGUUGCUGUCCGCAAAGUAUAUGCUGCUGGACGUUAUCUCUUCGCGGCACUACAUCGAAUACAUCACCACGCAUCUGAACGAUAGUCACAAGUUUCGCACAUUGCACAAUAAAAAUGAUGGGCUGAUGGCUAAGUUAUGAAAACAAGAA